UUUAUUCGACUCCGUCCGACCGUAAAACUCCUCAUUCUACGGCAUUUUAAGCUUAGAGCAGAGGAAGAAAGAAAAAAUUUUACAAGCAAAGAAAAAGAAGAGCCCGCGUCAUGGGUAGACAGAAAGGAGAAUCCGGCGGCCGGAGCAAGUUCCGACCAUCCAGCAGCAGUCUCGCCGCUUCGCUAUUGCCGUCGGGUUCUGCCGCCGCCGUUGGGUUCGGUGGCUAUGUUGGUAGCUCUCGUCUCGAUACCUCUCUUUCUACCGAAGAAGCAAGCGCCUUUUUAGAUAUGGACAGUGAAAUGGCAGUGCACUUGAAGAGACUGGCUAGGAAGGAUCCUACUACCAAGCUUAAAGCUCUGCAAUCUCUAUCUGUUCUAUUCAAGCAAAAGUCUGGAAAGGACUUGGUACUAAUCAUUCCACAAUGGGCAUUUGAAUACAAGAGGCUGUUGUUGGAUUAUAAUAGAGAAGUUCGGCGAGCCACUCAUGAAACCAUGAACAACCUUGUAGUUGCUGUUGGAAGAGAUUUAGCUCCACACCUUAAAUCUUUGAUGGGACCAUGGUGGUUUUCUCAAUUUGAUCCGGUUUCCGAAGUUUCUCUAGCUGCAAAGCAAUCAUUACAGGCAGCCUUUCCAGCACAAGAAAAGAGAUUAGAUGCUUUAAUUUUAUGCACAACUGAGGUAUUUAUGUAUUUGGAGGAAAAUUUAAAGCUCACGCCACAAAGUAUGUCAGAUAGAGCAGCUGCUUUGGAUGAACUGGAGGACAUGCAUCAGCAGGUGAUAUCUUCAUCCAUACUGGCAUUAGCCACACUUCUUGACAUUUUGGUUUGUGUGCAAUCUGAGCGACCUGGAUUUGAAAAUCUAGCUACUGCAUCAAAACAUGCUUUGAAGGCUAGAAUGACUGCUAUUUCUUAUGCUGAAAAGCUAUUCUCUGCCCACAAAUAUUUCCUUGACUUUUUGAAGUCCCAGAGCCCUGCAAUUCGUUCUGCUACAUAUUCAGCUUUAAAGAGUUUCAUUAAAAACAUUCCUCAUGCUUUUAAUGAAGGAAAUAUGAAAACUCUUGCUGCUGCAAUACUUGGUGCAUUUAAGGAAAAGGAUCCUAGUUGUCAUUCGUCAAUGUGGGAUGCCCUAUUGCUAUUUUCAAAAAAGUUUCCUGAAAGUUGGAGUUUGUUGAGUAUUCAAAAAAUUGUGCUAGAUCGGUUUUGGCAUUUUCUCAGGAGUGGAUGCUUUGGAUCUCAACAGGUCUCUUAUCCAGCUUUGGUAAUAUUUUUGGACAUUGUGCCUUCUAAAUCAGUAGAGGGUGAGAAGUUUUUUCUUGAAUUUUUCCGUAACCUAUGGGAUGGAAGGAUAUUUUCCAAUUCAACAAGUUCUGCUCAUCUAGCAUUUUUCCAGGCGUUUAAAGAAUGUUUCCUUUGGGCGUUGCAUAAUGCAUCAAGGUAUUAUGAUAGUCUGGAUUCCAUACAUCAUUUCAGAGUUGGUCUUGUUGAUGAUAUACUAGUAAAACUCCUGUGGCAAGAAUAUAUGUUCGUUGGCUUCAAGAAUGAGAACAAAGCAUCCACUGGAAUGUCUAAGGAUCCUUCUGAGGAUGGUACUGUGACUUCUGAACUGAAGAUUGUGGAAUCAUUGAACAUCAAGUAUCCUGUGAAUUAUUUGCAAGAGUUAGGAAAAUGUGUUGUGGAAAUCCUUUCAGGCAUUUAUUCAAUGGAACAUGAUCUACUUUCUACUUUUUGUGUGGCAUUUCAGGAGAAAUGCCUAAAGACGUUUCAGCAAAAAGAGAAUGCAGGAAGAAAUACUGAAGAUGUAGAACCAGUCAUUAAAUUUUUGUCAUUACUGGAACAGCAUUCAGCACAAAAAGGUGAAACUUGGCCUUUGGUUUAUUUAGUUGGACCAAUGCUGGCUAAGUCUUUCCCAUUGAUAAGAUCUCUUGACCUAUCAGAUGGGUUGAAGCUUCUGUCAGCUGCAGUUUCAUUGUUUGGACCACGUAAGGUAGUCCAGGAACUUUUUUUCUACAACGAAAAUCUUUGCUCUUCUUCCUUCUCAGCUGAUAGGGACAAAGAAUUGGAACCAGAGUCUUUCAUGCAAGUGUUCAAAGAAACAUUUGUUCCAUGGUGUUUGGUUGGAUGUAAUUCCUCCAUCAGUGCUCGGCUUGAUCUUUUGCUUGCAUUUCUCAAUGAUGAAUAUUUCUCUGAGCAGUGGAGUUCAAUUAUUUCUCAUGCAAUUAGUCAUGCAAAUCAUAAAACUGAGCCUGGAUCCCCAGAGUCCGACUACUUAGUUCUGUUGGCAAUGCUUUUAGAGAAAGCAAGGGUUGAAAUUAUGAACAGGAUGCUGAAAAAAGAUUCUAGUCAUCAACACUGGUACGAUCCAGAUGACUGGCAUCGUGAGCUUCUUGAAUCAACUGUAGUUGCUGUUGCCGGCUCCUCUUUUCCCUUGAGAGCUUCAGCUGCUCAGUUUAUAUGUGCUGUUCUUGGUGGCUUCACAGAAGAAGAUUUAAUCUCGUUUGUGUCCAGAAAUGCUAUGCUUUUGGUAUAUAAGGAGGUUUCCAAAAAGUUAUUCACUUUUAUUUGUGAGUCCCCUUUCAGUUCUGUUAGGGAUACAGGUUGUUUGUUAGCUGCUGGAGCAAAUGUUUCAGUGGAUGAUCGGAUAUCUGCAAAUGUGAUGGCACAGUUUGCUUUGGAUGUACUUGGUGGUAGUUUAUAUUGCUUAAAGACAGUCGGUGAGGAAAUUGAACAAGUUUCAGGUGUUUUGGCUACAGUAUUUAUCAUGAACUGGGAACAGAACAUGGAAGCAACCAUAGAUGAUCCACUUGAUGAAUCAAAGGAAAAAAUUAAGGACCGGUCUGAGAUUAACGAGUCUUUGCACAGAUUUCACAGCAAGAUAAAUGGAAAAUUUUGGAAAAGUCUCAACAUUGGCAUUCUAAAUAGAGUACGGAGCAUCUUAGUUCAGUUUAUUCGGUCUGUUGUAUUCAAGGAAGGUAAGCUUAAUGCAAAUAGAAUCACUUCUCUGUGCUGCAAAUGGAUGCUUGAAGUUCUUGAUUGUUUCUGCCGUGAUCAAUAUGAGGAGCAAAAUCUGUUAGACCAGCUUCUGAGGAAAGAAGAUACAUGGCCAUCAUGGAUUAUUCCAGACUUUAGCACCCCAGCUAGGACUUCUUCCUUAAAUUCCACAGAUAUUCCCGCUGAUGUCAAUGUGUAUGGGAGUCACAAGUUUGUUUCUUUAAUUGACAAACUUACAUUCAAGCUUGGGUUCAAUAGAGUUUUUGCAAUUUAUGUAGAAGAUACCCCUUCAUCUCCUUUGAAUAAACCAACCAAUGAAGAGCUUACUGGUCGAGCCUGGCUUGCUGCUGAAAUCUUAUGCACAUGGGAAUGGCCAGGAGGCAGUGCUACAGCUUCUUUCUUGCCCCAUCUAAGUGCAUUUUCCAAGACUUCCAAUUAUAUUUUCCGGGAAAGCCUGUUAGAUUCCAUCUUCAACAUCUUACUUGAUGGUGCUCUUGUUCAUGGAGAAAGUGGUACAUACUGUUCAUUCAAUUUAUGGCCUGCUGUAGGUGAUGAAUUGGUCAAAAUUAAAGAACCAUUUUUGAGAGCUAUUUUGUCAUUUCUCUUGACUUUGUUCAAAGAUGAUAUAUGGGAAGGAAACAAAGCUAUGAAGCUCUUUGAGUUGCUGGUCAAUAAGCUUUACAUAGGUGAAGCAAUAAACCGGAAUUGUUUGAAUAUUAUUCCUUUGAUAGUCAACAUUCUUGUACAGCCUUUAUAUCGGGGAAGCAUCAUACCUGGUGAAUGUGAUGACAACAAUGAAGUUUGUAAUUCAGGUGAAAAUUGGUUGCAGAGUAUUGUUAAGGAUUGGCUUCAAAGGAUUCUAUUGUUCCCGCCUAUAGUUUCAUGGGAAACAGGACAAGAUAUGGAAGAAUGGUUCCAGCUGGUUAUUGCUUGUUAUCCUUUUUGCACAACGGGCAGUACUAAAUCGUUGAAGCUGGAGAGGGACAUAAGCCUUGAUGAGAGAGCACUCAUACUUGAUCUAUUUCGAAAGCAGAGACACAAUGCUACUGUCUCGGCAGUAGGUAAGCACUUGCAAAUGGCACAGAUGUUGCUGUCAAAGUUAAUGGUUAUUUCUGUUGGUUAUUGCUGGAAAGAAUUCACUGAGGAAGACUGGGAGUUCUUCUUCUUGCAAUUGAGGUCUUGGAUUCAGUCAGCGGUUGUGAUGAUGGAGGAAGUUACAGAAAAUGUGAAUGAUGUGAUCACUAACAGCUCAACUUCUGAAAAUUUGGAUGUUCGUAGGAAUCUUGAGCAGCUUGUCUCGAUCUCAGACAUGUCUCCUGUAAAUGUUGCUCUUAAUGCCCUAGCAUCGUUUUCUUUGUUUUCUGGGAUCUUAAGACAUGAACAACCAGAUAUGAUUCCAAACCCCAUGGGACUUGAAAGAUGGAAGCCAGUUAGGGAUCGAAUCCUAGAAGGCAUUCUCCGCUUGUUCUUUUGCACUGGCAUUGCUGAGGCCAUUGCAAGUUCUUAUUGUCAAGAAGCUGCAUCUAUUGUAGCCACAUCUCGGCUUGAUAAUAGCUACUUCUGGGAGUUGGUGGCUUCAAAUGUUGUUAACUCAUCACUGCCUGCUAGAGACAGAGCAAUGAAAUCUGUUGAAUUUUGGGGGCUAACCAAAGGGCCUAUAAGCUCUUUGUAUGCCAUUCUGUUCUCCUCUUUACCAGUCCCACCUUUGCAGUUUGCUGCUUAUGUUAUUCUUUCAUCUGAACCAGUUUCACAGUUGGCUAUCAUUGAAGAAGAUGUUGAUUGUUCUUUGGAUGGUGAUAUUAAUGGCAACCUGAAUUCAAGUCAGCUUGAACUGUCAUCGGAAAGAAAUGUCCACUUGAAGGAGGAAUUAUCUUGUAUGAUUGAAAAACUACCUUACGAGGUUCUUGAAAUGGAUUUGACUGCACAUCAAAGGGUGAACGUCUACCUUGCUUGGUCUUUGUUACUAUCACAUUUGUGGUCAUUACCCUCACUAUCAGCUGCAAGGGAGCAAUUGGUCCAGUAUGUACAAGAUUCAGCUAAUACAGUGAUAUUAGAUUGCCUCUUCCAGCAUAUUCCUUUGGAAUUGUGUAUGGCACAAAGUCUUAAAAAGAAAGAUGGGGAUCUUCCUGCUGGAGCAUCAGAGAUUGCAAGUGCAGCAACAUCUGCUAUCACAACAGGUUCAGUAUUGUUCUCUGUGGAAGCAUUAUGGCCUAUUACACCCAAGAAAAUGGCUUCACUUGCUGGGGCAUUAUUUGGUUUGAUGCUCCGCAUUCUUCCAGCUUAUGUUCGAGGUUGGUUUACUGAUUUACGUGACCGUUCUUCCUCAUCUCUAAUUGAAACAUUUACGAGAACAUGGUGCAGUCCUCCCCUAAUUGUGAAUGAAUUAUCCCAGAUAAAGCAAUCCAAUUUUGCUGAUGAGAACUUUUCAGUCAGCGUAAGCAAAUCAGCAAAUGAGGUAGUUGCUACAUAUACAAAGGAUGAGACUGGAAUGGAUCUAGUUAUUCGUCUUCCUGCAUCUUACCCAUUGCGUCCUGUGGACGUUGAUUGUAUGAGAAGCCUAGGCAUUAGUGAAGUGAAGCAGCGGAAAUGGUUGAUGUCAAUGAUGCUAUUUGUUCGUAAUCAGAAUGGCGCACUAGCUGAAGCUAUACGAAUUUGGAAGAGCAAUUUUGACAAGGAAUUUGAAGGUGUUGAGGAGUGCCCCAUAUGUUACAGUGUUAUUCACACGACCAAUCAUAGUCUUCCUCGCCUUGCAUGCAGAACUUGCAAGCAUAAAUUCCAUGCUGCCUGUCUGUAUAAAUGGUUCUCAACUUCUCACAAAUCAUCCUGCCCCUUGUGCCAGUCUCCAUUUUAACGAGGCAUCACUUACAAGUGAAUUUCGUCGAUCUUGCCUCUUACCUCAGUAAACCGGGCUGAUGUCAAGAGAUUCAGGAUAUACAUGUAAAGUGCAAACAAAACUGGAAGUUUCCCCUCUUUUGUUUCACACUCACAUCCAUGGCGCCAAUAUUUUGAGUAGCAUUCAUAUGAAUAGUGGCCAACCUCAUACCUCUCGUGAGAGAGCAUAGAAGAGACUUAACAGAUGGUGAGAUUCUAUGCAAAAAUGAGGAAGCUGCCUUGCAUAUUUGUAUGCAGUAUUGAUCAGCAAUAAUUGAUAAAUUUGAUAUUUUUAGCUUUCAAAAUUUCUCCAAUAUCACUUUCGUCUGGACUGAGCUGCUCAAGUGAUGGGAGUAGGGUUUUGUGCUCCCUUCUCCAGAAGCUGAUUGAUGUUAUAAUUUUCAAUAUGUUCUCAUCCCAGACCUUCAACCGACACAAGCAAAGAGCAUAUAGGUUAUUGUGAACCAUUUGAGAUAUAUAUCUCUUUAGAUCAGCACCAUUAGGAAUAAAGAUCUAAACAAUAUUUUGUGA